CUGUCACUGUCACUGUCACUGUCACUGUCACUGCCCACUCAUCUCCUCAAUUGUCGAUUGCCUCCAACCUCACCACAAUGGGUCUCUUCCGCCGCGCCGUGAAGCUAACCACCAUCGGCGGCACCGCCACGCUGGGCGCCUUCUUCUUCGCGACGCGCAACUCGGUCUUCGUGCCGCUGCCACUGUCCGAUCCCAUCUUCCAGACGGCAGGCUACCGAUCACUCAACCCGCACAACAACCCCACCAGCCACGACCUGUGUAUCCGACGUGUACCGCUGUCGGAGAUCAACCCCUCGUUACUGGAGAAGAAGGGCAAAUUGACGGAAGCGUUUUGCGCGGGUGUUUGGAGCGGAUGGGGAUACGCCUACCAACGCCGCUACCUCUCCAAGAAAUACGAAACCCCCGAAACCGCGUCCCAGCUCUGGACGCGCGCGGACCUCCGCACUGCCUCCUACGAGGUCGGCACGCAGAUCACGGACCACUUCGAGGUGGUCGAGAAGACGCCCGAGCGCAUCGUGGUUCGGUGCGGCGACUCGCCGCGUAAGCGCGGGGUGCGGGAUUCCGAUGGGCUGUUUGAGAUGUCGGCCGUUGUCAAGCCGGACGAGGGGGUCGCGGAGCUUGGGCUUAAGAGCGUGUUCUUUAAGGGCACGCCUGGUGGAGUCGAUGGGCCGCCUAUGCCUGGGUAUGUGCUUUGGUUGCAUCAGCAGUAUACGAAGUUGUGGAUGGAGACGGGGGUUAGGAAUGUUUUGAGGUGAUUGGGUAUCCGUUUAUUCUGGGUAUAAGGAUUGAGGUGCACCAGGGAGCUGAAAGGAAGGGGGGUCCGGGGGUUCUCCCCCGGAUACUCUAGAUUCUUGGUAUAUGGAUUGAGGUUACCAGGGAGCUGAAAGGAAGGGGGGUCCGGGGGUUCUCCCCCGGACCGCUUACAGGUUUGGUGGAGUGAGGGGGGAGGGGUUGUUUUAUACCUUGGGAGGGACUAGGGAUGAUAGAUAAUGUAUAUGGUGUAGAUAAGAAUGGAUAUUAUUGUUUC